CCCCUCCCCGCCCUGGGCAGCGACCUCCCUGCCCUCCUCCACCCAGCGCCGGGCACAGAGCCGGCGGCUGCACCCCCACGGGCCCAAACCUUGCCCGAACUGUGUUCCGUUUCUUCGGGAUGCACCUCCCCCUCCAGGAGGCAAUAAAAUGGAACCGAUUGGCACCAGACUGGCACUGCAGUGGCUUUACUUACGGUCUCGCACGCUCCUCUUGCACAGGAGUGGCCUGGGGCCAGGACAGUUUGCUGGGAAAGAGGGUUUGGUCCUGUGGGCCUUUCACUGCCUCUGAAACGGGCCUGUUUGGGGGCUGAUUCUGUUUCACAGGGAGCACCUGUGGGUGAUUAAUAGCAGCGUUCACCGCCCUGCUUUUUAAGUUCCAGAUAAUUCACCAUAUUUUUUUGUGAUUUGUAUUUUAUUUUCUUAUCUGAUAAUACCUCCUUUGUCAUCCCAGACCUUAAUUUCCUAAUCUUCUGUUAGAUCUUCCAAUUUGCUUUUGUCUAUACACCUCCCCGCUGCCCCCCGCCCUUUUUUGGUCUGGCUUGCCCCUUGUUUCCGGUUGAUUUUGUUACCCUCAUCCUACCCUCAUGGUCCCGUUCUUCUGCUUUCUAAAUAUGUUCUUACCCUCCUUUAGAUGGGGAGCCAAAGUUCAUGCUUUCUUUAAAUCAGUAUUGUGCCUUACCCAUAAAUGCUUUUGUUCCACAACCUGUAUAGGAUUUUAAGGACACAGAGGAGCAAAAUGGGGAGAAGAAAUGGUGAGAACUAUGGCACCAGCCUGCGUGUGUCAAACAUCUCUCAUGAGAAUUUAUCUCACUGGAAUUUGGAUUCAGAAGUACCUGUUCCUGAGAAUAAAAACCUCCCACCUGGAAGGGAUAGUGCAGCAGGUGGCAAAAUUAACAAGAACCAUUUGGAAAUUCCAGUAGAGCAACUGAUGCUAGAGCUUAAUUUGUCAGAGCAUGCUCACAAAAAAACACAGAAUAGUAAACAAAGAACAUUUCAGUUAUGGAGUUAUCCUCUUAAAGAAGGAAGUACCAUAGACAACAGGGAUUUCAAAAAACCUUCCAUGGAAAUUGGCUUUAAUACAAUCAACAAUCCCAUAAGGCUCUUCACUCUGAACCACUCAGUAACAAGUGCUCCAGCUGAUAAGCAAGUUGGUUCUUACUCUGAACUGCUGACACCAUUAGGUCUCUGCUGGCCCUAUGCUGAUGGAGACUUUUUUAAGGACAGAAAUGACUCUCUUAAUAAUUUAUGUUCAACUGUAGAAAACAACAAUGGUGAAACUUUAUCUGCUCCAACUUGGAAUUUGAAAUAUAGAAACAGCAGUGUAGAAGAAAAUUUAACAGAUGAAAGUGAUUUAUCAGAAAAUGAAAAAGCAAAUGAUACUUUACUCAGCUGUUUUAAAAAGAUGGACCUGAACUUAAAACCAGAAACAAUAGAAAAUGUUGAAGAAUCUUUCACAGAAGAACAAAGUGAAGUAUUUCCAUAUCCUGAUUUUCUCCCUCCUCCUUUCAGUACUCUGGACUUGCACAAAUUAGCCCUCUCAAAAUCUGAAAAUUGGAAAGCAACAAUGGAAUCUCCAGAAAGCUGUAUUGAACCUUUGAUAACUCGUUUAUUAGAAAUGGAACGAUUACAACAUACUACUAUACAAAAAGAGAGGCCAAGAUUACAAACUACCUUCUGUACUCCAGCAGUUACUGAACGACCCUUUUCCUCUAAAACUAUACCCAAAACAAGACAGCCAAAACUUUCUGACUCUGUAAGUCUUCAGACAACUUGUGUAGAUAAAACUAGAGAAAAAAGGAAAAAGAAUUCUGCUUCUUGCAAGCUUGAACAAAAUGCUUCACAAUGGAAUUGGAGCAAUGCUGGCAAAUAUAAAUGGAGUUCUAGACCACCAUCGCUAAAAAGUUCAUCCACAACAAAACAAUUGGCAGCAACUUAUGACGACUUUAAAAAUCCCCAAAGCUCCAUUUUAAAUCCAUGCCAAGAACUCUCAACCAAUGUUACUGCUGCCCAGUCAACUCAAUCACUGGUUAAAGUGGUCUCAACAAGACCCUGUCUGCCACCAAGGUCUCUAAUACCAGUUUCACCUAUACCUCUGUCUCUUUCUGAAAAUCAUAGGGAAGAAAUGAAGGCACCAAGGACCAAAAAGAAACUUUACCGAAAACAUAUAGCAUUGAACAGGCCAUUCUAUAUUCAGAAUCUAAAUUGUCUAUCACCUUCAUUUAGAGCUAAGGGUAAGUGCUCACCCAUUGAGCAAAAAUAACAUUUCCCCCCAUACGUCUCAAUAUGAGCAAAUCUUUCAAGAAGCCCGGCUAAAAUAUGGUUCAUCAUUUCGAGAUGCAGGUAUUAAACAUACACACACUACUUGAUGUGAUAUAGAGCAGAACCUGUGGAAAUCACCGCUGGGAUAGGUGACGUACCAACCCAAGGUGACGUAUUGGACAAUCUUUUGCAUGUUGUUUCAAAAUGUUCCGCUUAGUAAACUAUUCUACUCAAAAGAUUGUUCUUUUGUUGUGAUUGUUUCCCAGUAUAAGUCCAUCAAUAAAUUGCAUAAUUGA